UACAUCUAGAAUAUACUGAAAAAAUUACUGACUGAAAAAAGCCAGUUACAUUAUAUUUAAGGUGAAACAGAUCACCCUGAAGACAAACAGUUAAGUGAUAGAAAACAAUUACAAUAUUGUAAGUGGUUUAUUUGUGUUUUAAAGCGGAAACGGUAACAUAUUUAUAAAUUGUUAGCAAUUGUUAGCACGUGGUUUCUAGUGAGGAUUAAUUGUAGACAAAUACUGGAAUGUGAAAAAUAGUUGUAGAUAAACACGUGCCGAUCAACUCGCGACCUACCUGGAAGUAGAAGAAGAAAUAGUAUGGAAGACAGCACUAGUUAAUUAAGUGCUUUAUUUUAAAGUUAACUAUUCUUAUUGAGACAUUUACAAUAUAUAUUAAAGGAUAAAAAUGAUUCUGUAAAACAAUACGCAAAUUUAGAGCAAUAAAAAUGUAAGUUAAUUCAAUCAUGGAAAAUUCAACAAAUGAAAGCGUGUUAAACGAAAACAGUUCUAUGGCAUAUGUAAAUACAACUAAUGAUUAUUAUCUAAAUUCGAGUAAUGUCGAAUUUACACGAGAUGAAAAUUUGGCAAAAAUCGAGAUUAUUGUUCAAAGUGUAAUUUUUGUAUUAGCUGUGAUAGGCAACGGGACAGUACUUGGCGCUCUGGUGUUGAAAAGAGGGUCUCUAACUCGUAUGCAUUUAUUAAUGUUACAUCUAAGCAUUGCCGACCUGUUUGUGGCCUUCGGGAGCGUCCUUCCGCAGCUGGCGUGGGAUGUGACCUUUGUUUUUAAAGGCGGAGACAUAUUGUGUAGGCUCGUGAAAUACAUGCAGAUUCUUACAAUCUACGCUUCGUCCUAUAUUUUGGUUAUGACAGCUAUUGACAGAUAUUUAGCGAUAUGUCAUCCACUAGUUAGCCGGAAAUACUCUUCAAAGAUCGUGAACAAAAUGGUCAUAAUCGCCUGGACGCUUUCUUUACUAUUUAGCAUUCCACAAAUCUUUAUUUUUUCUUAUAAACUCACUCCUUAUGACAUAUAUGACUGUUGGGCUACUUUUGAGCCAGAAUGGACUUUAACGUUUUAUAUCACAACAUUCACAGUUCUAGUUUACAUAAUUCCAACCUUAAUUUUAAUAUUUUGCUAUGGAAGCAUAUGUAUAGCUGUGUGGAAAAGUAACAAAGUUGGCGAAAGGAUUACAACAAUAUCCAAGCGUUUUCGUUCAUCCAAGCGCCUGGAUGAUGGGAGAAAAUACCGGAAGUCGGAGCAAUUAGAUUUAACGAGUGGCGUGUUUUUCACCGGAGCACCAAAUAUCCGCGAGCAGAUUCCACAAAGAACGGACAUAGGAAAACUUGCAAAAAGUAGGAAACGUGCAGGAGGAGGAAUAACAAGAGCAAAGCUAAAGACCAUCAAGUUAACACUCACUGUAAUAUUGUGCUAUAAUUUAUGCUGGUCGCCGUUCUUCGUGGCACAAAUGUGGGCAGUGUAUGAUGAAACGGCGCCAUUCCAUGGUGCAGCCUACACAAUAAUCCUGCUAUUAGCAAGUUUGAACAGUUGUACCAAUCCUUGGAUAUAUUUGCUGUUCAGCGAGGCUAAUCUACAAGAAAUUAAACGUCUUUUUACCAGAUUUAUAAAAUAACUAUUUUAUGUAAUUAUGUUCUUAGUGUUUUAAGUGAGAAAAGCAUGGCUUAAUACACCGGAGUAACAUGAAACAAAUGUCAUUUGGAACGAGAAAAUUUUAUUUAUGAAAGCAGCAAUACUAGUUGUUGA